AUGGCAAGAAAUUGGGUGCUGAGUAUUGGAGACUUGAAACCUAAUAUACUAGACACACCGUCAUCAUCAGCACCGGCGGCAUCGGCUAGUGAAUACCAGCCGUCGGUUUUAUCCCGUACUAGCAGGAACAGACGUAUGUCGACCGGAAAGCAGAGAGCCGCCGGCAAGCCAAAUACCACCGGCAAGGAAAAUGCCAUCUUCAAAGCCAACUCGACGAAGAACAUCACAAUACACACUCCAGGUCCCGUGGGCAAGAACAAACGUACCCUCGACAGCAAAUGUUACACCUGCCCUUAG